UGAAAGCAACAUUGUGGGCUUGACCUGAAAUGAUGAUUCGUCUCAAACUAGAUCUACUCUUCUUACUUAAAAUGGUGUAAUAUCAGCAUUCAUGACAAAUAAUAGGUUGAGUUGCACUGUUAAACCAACUAAGUACUAACAACUCCCACCCACUCACUCCAAAAUGAUAAGAUUAUUCCCUUUUUUCUUUUUUACAUCUCUUACCAAACAUUGGUGUUAUCUUCUUUACAUUUCCUUUGCUAAAUCAUUCUCGCUUCUUCAUAAAGACAUGAACUUCAUUCAUGUAUAACAAUCAAUCUUGAAUGGUGGUGGUGUGUCUCCAAAUUGGUUCUAUAAUUUUCAUUUUCUAGUUUUCUACCUCCAUUUAUCUCUUACAUCUUUUUGGUUCUGAAUUUUUUUUUUUUCAUUUGAUGUGUAUAAAGGCUUUGGGUUAUUAUUAUUAUUAAUAUUUGUUUGCAUGUAACAUCUGUGUUAGCCCUGAAAAGAAUGAGAGACCAUAGAGAAAGGCUUCUCAUUCUUCCAUAUUCUAUGGGUUGUGCUACUGAAUCAUGUAUUUCUUUGGGCAAGAAGAAUCAUCCAAAGAGGAAAAAGCAUAAGCCUAAACAUGCUCUUUUUUCUUCACCAAGUAUGUGAAUCUCACUUCUCCCCUCACUUAUUACAUUUUUUGGAAUUGGGUAUUGUUUACCUUAUAGAUUUUUCUUUUUUUUUGUUUGCCCCGGAAAAACAGAAAAGGAAAGGCGCUCAUUGGCAAAGAUGAUAAAAAUAAGAUCCUUUUUCGUUCUUCCAAACUAUUACAUCUCAACGGGAGUGAACAGAAUGAUAAAGGGCUUCAAAAGUUUUCCCCAAUUGUUUGUUUACAAAGAUGAAGAUGAAGAAGAAAGCGACGAAGACCAAGAAGGAGAAAUGGAAAUCGGGCUUCCGACAGAUGUGAAACAUGUGGCGCAUAUAGGAUGGGAUGGUGCGUGCACCACAAUCAACCCAAUGAAAGGAUGGGAAAAUUUGGAAGCCGCUGACAUCUUAUCACUGUCUUCUUCAAUCUCCUUAAGAGACUUUGAGAUUGCCAUGAACGCUCAAAAUAGUAACGGUGAAUCUGUAUGUACUAAUAAGAUGGUACAAAAGAUUGUCGACGGAAAAAACUAAACAGAGAAAACUUUGAUUUCUUUUUUGUUUGUUAUUUUUUGUUGGAUAAUAGAAUUUUGAUUCCGGCCACCAAUUACGAAUUUAUAUCGUAUCCAUAAGAGUUGAGGUUUAACUUAUUUAUUUGUCUCGUAACUUACUUUUCCAUUUCAAUAUUGUCCAACUACAUCAAGUUUUACAAUAUUUGCGACUAGUUUAAUAAUAAUAAUUGUUAUAAUUAUCUGAUAAUGUAGAUGUGCACAAGCUAGUAAAGUUGUAUGAGAAUUCUUUGUAUAGAGAUAAUAUUUAUUAGAUAUUAUUACCAGUUAGAUGUUAUCUCUAUUUGCUCUUAUCUCUGUAUCUGCUAUGCUUAUAAAAGGAGAGUAGUCUCUGCAGAAAUAAUACACAGAUCAUUCUCUCUUUUUUCCUCUAUAUUGUUCUCUCUCCUUACUUGUUCUUUCUCUCAGUUUUAUUAUACCUUUAUUUUUCACUUUAUAUUUAUAACACAUUAUCAGCACGAGUCUCCACCUUUUACUAGUUUCGGUUGAGUAAGUGUUGUCAAUUGCUUUUGUUUCUUUUAUCAAGAUAUCUAACCUUGCAAAACUUGAAUUUGUCCCUCUUCACAUAUCCAAGA